AUGGUCGCGAUGGUUUCUCCAGUGGAUUGGAUAAGCGCCGUAUGGCGGAGCGCGCUUUCGCAGGUGAAUCUGAAGACGAUUGUGGUCCUCUACAUCCUCCUCAACAUGAAGAGCCUGCACUUUAUGUGGCAUGUCCGCUUCAUCAAAAUCCUGAUCCGCCGCAUGACCGACCCCGCCGACAAACACCUCAGCCCGCGCUGCCUCUUCCUCCCCGCCAUCAGCUCGACGCGUUCCCCGCUCCUCGAAUGCGACUACAACAUCCACAAGUCCAACUCGACCUACUUCAGCGACCUCGACAUGUCCCGUGGUCAUCUAACACUCGUGCUCUUCCGCAAACUCUUCAACCCUAUCCCGGGUCCAAAUAAACGCAUCGCCGUGCUAAGUGGCGUGCAGUGCGUAUAUCGCAAGGAGAUCAAGCCAUACGAGCCAUACGAGAUCUGGACCAGGGUCUUGACGUGGGAUGACAAGUGGUUGUAUGUGGUUAGCCACUUUGUCGAGAAGGGGCGAUACGCCCACAAGGAGUAUGUGAUGCAGCCGGGGAGCAGACCACCUAAGAGGAGAAGGAAUCUCCAGCCCAAGGCGCCGCCGAAGACCGUAUAUGCCUCGUGCAUCUCGAGAUAUGUCUUCAAGCAUGUGAGGAAAACCUUGCCUCCUGAAGAUGUAUUGCGUGAAUGCGGGCUGUUGCCAGAGGAAGGGAGUAGUGAGGGGGCCAUGAGCCUCGAGGAGAUUGAGGCCGUACGACAAAAGUGUUUGCCGAUUGCGAAGCUUGAGGAUGGGUGGGAUGCUGUGCAUGAGCUUUUUGAUGGGGAUGAGACGGCGGCCCUCGGGCGGUAUACAGAUCUCUUUUGGAAAUAA